GUCCCGUGUCCCGGAGCGGUGGCGUUUCCCUGCCCCUCAGGGUGGUAGAAGCAGCGCGCUGAGCCCGGGGGGGCUGGCGGGUGGGUUGGCCCGUCUGGUGGCAUUGGAGCUGGGAGCUGCGGCGCCCGGGGGAAGCCAAGCGUAGGCAGUGCCCUCUGACCGGUACUGGGAGGUGGGAAGAGGCAGGAAAACCAAGCCGGGGUCCUGAGCUGUUGGACAGCCAAAAUAACCAGGGUCCUGCUUGGUAGGAAGACUUCUGUGAUGGGUGCUGGCCGCUUGGUGACCGGCCCACGCUGGGAAGUGGUGGGUGGGCAGCCACCCUUUGCUUUCCAUGUGUUCGUGAGCUGGAACGGGGAGCUUGAGUGGCAAUUGGGAUGAAGUGUGACUUCAGAGAAAGAAGAUAGUAGCUGUAGCUAUAGAGCAACUUACAGGGAUGUGACUGUCAAUAUCGAUGUCAAAAAACUUAGUUUCCGAUAAGACAGUGUGAGUUUAAUUAAACAAAAUUGAGCUGCUUUAUAAGUAUUGAUGAUUUCGGUUGUGUUCCACACAAUUCUGUGGUAUGUGUAGCUCUGUUGAGUUAGUCUAGUAGUAGCAUUUGUUAAGUUGUUGAGGAACAACAAGCCUUCUCCAGAUCACACCACUAACACAAUUGUUCUGAAAUUGUGUCAGGUGUUUGGUGGGAUGGAUGACAUUACUGUCUGGAUUCAGGCAUCUUGAGACUCACUUAACUUUUCCACAUUACUACACUAGUGAUAGGGGUGGUACAGGGAGAGAAGGAUUGGUCCAGAUUUUCUGCAUCCAAAGCAGUUUUGCUGUGUCUAGUGAGGUUCUUUUGUUCAUCUGGAGAUAGCAAGGUCAUUCGAUGAGUGUUUCUACAAUGUAAUCCAUCAGUCCAUGAAAAAAAUCACUGGACCACAAGGCAGGUUGUCUGUCAAAAGGUGUCCUGACUAUAGGAAGAAGUUCUUGCUUUUAUGGAGGUAGAGGCCAGUUUAUUCUUUCUUUCUUUGUGACUCAACUCUGAAUUUUUUGUGCACAGCCUGAGAAAAUACACGUAGUGGGUGCAGAGGUUUUUGAAAUGGCAAGACAACCCAUGAUGCAGCAGGAUUUCCUGGUGAGCAGGAACAGAGGGUCUAACUCCAGGGUUAUGAUUAAUCUGAGAGGAUGCAAUUUUUACUGGCUGCUCAACACAGAGUUUAGUUGGAAUUCUUGAUUGCUACUGCUGGUGGACACACUUGUGCAUUUACAGCAGUUGGAGGGGGUGGUGGAAAAUGCUAAUUUUUGCAGCUGAAUGAAUGGUUAGUGCCAGUUCUGGAGGUUCAAAGCACCUCUCCACAACCCUUGUAUUUGAGGACCGAAGCAUGUGGUAGUUGGUAGCUCAGGUUGCUGGUGGUUCCUAACAUUUUACAAACAUGCUGACAUUGAUAAGUUCACUCUGAGACAGCAUUUGUGGCUAAACAUUCACACAUGAUAUGCUGUGGAGGGAACUUGAGGACACCUGAAACCCUGAUAUUAGAGCUUUGUGACUAGGGUCUCCAAACUUUUCAGCUGCUGUCUCUGUCCGUAGCCUGCCCUUUGUAUUGUGCAGAUUUUUACGUGACACUGAAACCGCAGUGCACCUUUUGAUAGUUGGGAAGGUUUACGAACAUUAAAUAUUUGGCUGCGUUGACAAAAUGAGUUACUCAGGAUGUUUGGAAACGUAACAGCUGACUAUUUUUGAUUUGAAAGAACCCUUUCCUAAAGAAGAACAUGUACCUCAAGUUUGCACUAGUGACUUGGGAUGCUCUCCUUUCCCUUUGUUGCAAAGACCUGCUCUGAUAGAAGGUGGCUAGAUACUGGUAUUUUAAAUAUCAUUUUAGUAGGCAAGUGAGCCCAUAGAAAUGUAAGGAUGCGGUGGGAGAGAAAUGCUUAAUUGUGAUGGCUUUCUACAAAAAGUUCUUUUAAAAACUAUAAGAACAUGUCUUUAUAGUAACAUUUGUAAAUUGUUUUCUGGUAAAAUGCACAAAAGAGUCAAACACCCUGCUGAAAACUUGCUAGCUCUGUAGUUAACACAAGGUGUACUUGCGUUAAAGCAGCAAACUUGUCAUCCACUUAAGUUGUGUGGGAAUGUCAGACUCAGUUUGGAUGCAGUGCUAUUGAAUGGGUGGUCAGCCUCUUGGAGAUCUGGCGCUCUCUGUUCCGCACCUUGAAUUGCCCAUGUAUUUUGGGUGGGGCUCUGGCUUCUGGUGCUUGGAGUCAAAAAACAGAAGGUGAUGAUGAAAUCUAAGGCUGAGAUAAGGAUGUGCCAUAUCUAAAUCUUACAUACUGGCUUCAGGACUCAAAAUGCCAACCAAAAUGUGUAAGAUAAUUCAUGCUUUUGUUUAUAAAGUUUUGGGGGGGGUUAAUUGUAGUCAUGCAAAUUUAUCAUGUGGGGCUCUGAAACUCUCCCAUUGCAGACUGACAUCUCCUCUUGCUUGCAGUGCCACUGUGUUUGCUCAUUUGGCUAAAAUUAGAAAGGAGUAGAGUUGGUUUUCUUUCUUGGAACAGAAAGAGAAACCCUACAAAGUUUGAGUUCACCAGCAGAUAAUUGUUUUGUCACUUCUGUCCAGGAGAUCUAGAGAUAUGCUUUAUUAGCAAUAUUUUGCUUUUCCAAGCUAAUUUAUCUUUGUUGGUUUGGGUAUUGAGUAUGUGAUCAGACUACAAAAACAUAUUUCUUUGUUCCUCUAGGAAAAAAGGGGUUGAGAGAACAUUAUUAUGACCCUGUGUUGCAACUUUACAGUCUGAAAAUAUGCUUCCAAAAACUUGUGUUGUUUUGGGAAGGUCCACGCUAUUUUAUUUUUUUUUUUUUUAGGGUAGAAACCACUUUCAGCUGGCUGAAAGAGCUGAAGAAAAGGAGCUGCAGAGGGGAUCUUCUUAUUUCUCUUUUUGUAGCUACUUGCUAAUUUCCAACAUGUCCCAUUAAACAUCUGAAUGUAGACUGGACUUUAACAUUCUUUUCAUGAAAGAGGCUUCCAAGUAAUUGUUUUAUAAUAACUUUUAGAAGAAGUUCUAUGUAGCUCUUAAUUUCAAGAGUGCUGCAAAAAUGAUUACUUCCGAUCUGCCAGUACUACAGGAUUCUACAAAUGAAACUACUGCACAUUCAGAUGCUGGCAGUGAGCUUGAAGAAGCAGAAGUCAAAGGAAAAAGAAAAAGGGGCCGUCCUGGCAGGCCUCCAUCUGCCACUAAGAAACCUCGGAAGUCUCCAGCAGACAAGGGUCGUUCUGAAUCUGGAGCUAGAGGAGCGAGUCGUGGAAGAGCUAAUGGCCACCCUCAGCAGAAUGGAGAAGGGGACCCUGUCACUUUGUUUGAGGUGGUUAAGCUGGGAAAGAGUGCUAUGCAGUCUGUGGUGGACGACUGGAUUGAAUCAUAUAAACAAGACAGGGACAUAGCACUUCUGGAUUUAAUCAACUUCUUUAUCCAGUGUUCAGGAUGUCGAGGUACUGUAAGAAUUGAAAUGUUCAGGAACAUGCAAAAUGCAGAAAUCAUAAGGAAAAUGACAGAAGAAUUUGACGAGGACAGUGGUGAUUAUCCACUUACUAUGCCUGGGCCACAGUGGAAGAAGUUUCGAUCCAACUUCUGCGAGUUCAUUGGAGUGCUCAUUCGACAGUGUCAGUAUAGCAUCAUUUAUGAUGAAUACAUGAUGGACACCGUGAUCUCUCUUCUGACUGGUUUGUCAGAUUCCCAGGUCCGGGCUUUCAGGCACACCAGUACAUUAGCUGCUAUGAAGCUUAUGACUGCUCUUGUGAAUGUUGCCUUAAACCUGAGCAUUCAUCAGGAUAAUACACAGAGGCAGUACGAAGCUGAGAGAAACAAAAUGAUUGGCAAAAGAGCUAAUGAAAGAUUGGAGCUGCUACUUCAGAAAAGAAAAGAGCUACAAGAGAAUCAAGAUGAAAUCGAAAAUAUGAUGAACUCUAUUUUUAAGGGUAUAUUUGUUCAUAGAUACCGUGAUGCUAUUGCUGAGAUUAGAGCUGUCUGUAUUGAAGAAAUUGGUGUCUGGAUGAAAAUGUACAGUGAUGCCUUCCUGAAUGAUAGUUAUUUAAAAUAUGUUGGUUGGACACUACAUGACAGGCAAGGUGAAGUGAGGUUGAAGUGUUUGAAAGCUCUUCAGAGUCUGUAUACCAACAGAGAGUUAUUUCCAAAACUGGAGCUGUUCACUAAUAGAUUCAAGGAUCGCAUUGUAUCAAUGACGCUCGAUAAGGAAUAUGAUGUCGCUGUGGAAGCCAUUCGAUUAGUCACACUAAUACUUCAUGGAAGCGAAGAAGCUCUGUCAAAUGAAGACUGUGAGAAUGUUUAUCACUUGGUGUAUUCAGCACACCGGCCUGUUGCAGUAGCAGCUGGAGAAUUCCUUCACAAAAAACUGUUCAGCAGACAUGAUCCCCAAGCUGAAGAGGCUCUAGCAAAGAGGAGGGGGCGAAAUAGUCCAAAUGGAAACCUUAUUAGAAUGUUGGUUCUUUUCUUUCUUGAAAGUGAGUUGCAUGAACAUGCAGCCUAUUUGGUGGACAGUUUGUGGGAGAGCUCACAAGAACUGUUGAAAGACUGGGAAUGUAUGACAGAAUUGCUCUUGGAGGAACCAGUCCAAGGAGAAGAAGCAAUGUCUGACCGGCAGGAGAGUGCCCUUAUUGAGUUGAUGGUGUGUACAAUCAGACAAGCUGCUGAAGCACAUCCUCCAGUAGGCAGAGGCACUGGCAAGAGAGUCUUGACAGCAAAAGAAAGAAAAACUCAGAUAGAUGACAGAAAUAAAUUGACUGAGCAUUUCAUUAUUGCACUUCCUAUGUUGCUAUCCAAGUAUUCUGCUGAUGCCGAGAAGGUUGCAAAUCUCCUGCAAAUCCCUCAAUAUUUUGAUCUGGAAAUCUAUAGUACGGGCAGAAUGGAAAAGCAUCUGGAUGCCUUACUGAAACAGAUCAAGUUUGUUGUGGAAAAGCACGUGGAAUCAGAUGUUCUCGAAGCCUGCAGCAAAACCUACAGCAUACUCUGCAGUGAAGAAUAUACAAUCCAGAACAGAGUUGACAUAGCCCACAGUCAACUUAUUGAUGAAUUUGUGGAUCGAUUCAACCAUUCUGUAGAAGAUCUGCUGCAGGAGGGAGAAGAAGCUGAUGAUGAUGAUAUAUACAAUGUGCUCUCCACGUUAAAGAGGUUAACCUCUUUUCACAAUGCGCAUGAUCUCACAAAAUGGGAUCUGUUCAGUAACUGCUACAGAUUACUAAGAACUGGAAUUGAACACGGAGCUAUGCCUGAACAGAUAGUUGUUCAGGCACUGCAGUGUUCCCAUUACUCUAUUCUCUGGCAGCUGGUGAAAAUCACUGAAGGCUCCCCUUCCAAAGAGGACUUGUUGGUAUUGAGGAAAACUGUGAAAUCCUUUCUGGCUGUCUGCCAGCAGUGUCUAUCAAAUGUCAACACUCCAGUCAAAGAACAGGCUUUCAUGCUGCUCUGUGAUCUGUUGAUGAUUUUUAGUCAUCAGCUGAUGACUGGAGGUCGAGAAGGUCUUCAGCCUUUGGUGUUUAAUCCAGACUCAGGCCUCCAGUCAGAACUUCUUAGUUUUGUGAUGGACCAUGUCUUUAUUGACCAAGAUGAUGAAAACCAGAGCAUGGAGGGAGAUGAAGAAGAUGAAGCUAACAAAAUAGAAGCUUUACAUAAGAGAAGAAACCUUUUGGCUGCCUUUAGCAAGCUGAUAAUUUAUGACAUUGUGGACAUGCACGCAGCAGCAGAUAUCUUCAAACACUAUAUGAAGUACUACAAUGACUAUGGAGAUAUCAUUAAGGAAACCCUGAGCAAAACAAGGCAAAUUGAUAAAAUCCAGUGUGCAAAGACACUCAUUCUCAGUUUGCAACAGCUGUUUAAUGAGCUUGUUCAGGAGCAAGGUCCCAAUUUGGACAGGACAUCUGCCCAUGUUAGUGGAAUUAAGGAACUGGCCCGUCGGUUUGCCCUCACUUUUGGCUUGGAUCAGAUCAAGACGAGAGAGGCUGUGGCCACACUACACAAAGAUGGCAUAGAGUUUGCCUUCAAAUACCAGAAUCAAAAAGGACAAGACUAUCCACCUCCUAACCUUGCUUUCCUUGAAGUGCUUAGUGAAUUUUCUUCUAAACUCUUGCGACAGGACAAAAAGACUGUUCACUCCUACUUAGAGAAGUUUCUGACAGAGCAGAUGAUGGAAAGAAGAGAAGAUGUAUGGCUUCCACUCAUUUCCUAUAGAAACUCACUAGUUACGGGUGGUGAAGACGACAGAAUGUCUGUUAACAGUGGAAGCAGCAGCAGCAAAGCCUCUUCAGUGAGGAAUAAGAAAGGAAGACCACCACUUCACAAAAAGAGAGUAGAAGAUGAGAGUCUAGAAGGCUCAUGGCUGAACAGGAAUGAAAGCAUACAUACUCCAGGGACACUGCAAGCACCACAGCUCACCUCAACUGUCUUGAGAGAGAACACUAGACAAAUGGGAGAGCAGAUCCAGGAGCAUGAGUCGGAGCAGGGAUCUGAACAAGAUUUUUUACACAAUCCCCAGAUGCAGAUAUCUUGGUUGGGCCAACAGAAGCUAGAAGAUUUAAAUCGAAAGGACAGGACAGGAAUGAACUACAUGAAAGGGAGAACUGGUGUAAGGCAUGCAGUACGAGGUCUAAUGGAAGAUGAUGCUGAGCCCAUCUUUGAAGAUGUAAUGAUGUCCUCACGAGGUCAGCUAGAGGAUAUGAACGAAGAAUUUGAGGACACAAUGGUCAUUGAUCUGCCACCUUCAAGAAACCGGCGAGAACGGGCUGAACUGAGGCCAGACUUCUUUGACUCCGCAGCUAUCAUUGAGGACGAUUCAGGAUUUGGAAUGCCUAUGUUCUGAAGUCUGGUGAAGACAUUUUACAAAUUUGGAACUCUAUUGUUUAGAGCUAGAGGCCUAUAUACUGUGAUAGCUUGUAUGAAAUCCACAUUUUUGAUGUGAUACGGUUUGAUUUUUAACCAAAUGAUUGAGGUCAAUCCCUUUUUGUAGUGACAGAAAGAAGAGGAACUUCUUAAUGACGCAAAGGAAUGUUGGCCAAUCCAGUCACCUCAGAAGGGCUGACCUAAAAAAUCAUUUGUAUCCCUGUUCUUGACUGUCCUAAUACAGAUUUUUUUUUUUUUUUUUCCUGGAUGAGGAGGAAGUUUUAAAUUGUUAAGACAGCUGUCGAAAUAAACACUGUUCUACAUAUGUUUUCUGAAAACAACAUUGAGUGAAAACAGAACUUUUUAACUUUAUUUUUCUGCUGUACAAUUUAAAACAGUUUUAACAUUUGCCUUUUUAUGUUUUAAAAGCUAGCCAUUUUUAUUAAACCUAUGCCUAUCAGCCAUUGACUAGCAAUGAUGCUAUAAGCAGGUCAUUCUGGCUACAGAAAAGUGUUUUUGAACACACUGGAUUUGAUUAACAUUAUGGUACGCGUAUAUCCUCUCAUAGGCAUUGAGAAAACACUCUUAUAGAAGAGGUUAGAAUUCUAAUGACGUGCAUCUCUGCCAAAAAAUUUCAGAUUCUGAUAUGAUAAACCCAGAUUUUAUACUCUUGAGAAGAUUUAUUUUUAUUUAUAAUGGGACAUAACGUAAGAGAUGUCCAUGAAGCCACUUUUCCAACAGAUGCUGUGUAACAUUCAUUUUAUAUAGCACAUGGGGACACAAAAACAGUAAAUUUUCUAUUGGUACUUGCUCUGUGCAUUUUUAGCAACUUAUACCAGCAAAUAAAGUAUUCUCAGUAAAACACACAAAUGGUUCUCAAGUAAUCACUUUGCUGUUUUUACUACCUACUUCAAGCCCUGCCAACCCAAGGUACAUAAACAGCAACUUUCCUAUUAAAAAAAAAAAAAAGUAAUUCAAGGGUGGGGGAAAGGAAUCACUUUAGCAUACUAAAAGCAAUUUUAACUGUACCAUAAAAAAAAGUCUACUUUCCAUGCCGUAAAUACCCUUUUGCGCUAUUUUUGUAAAUUAAUUUUGCCAGUUAGAAGUACUGUAUGUGCUGCAUAGAAAUUUGUGCUUAGAUGGUGAAGUUCUUAAGCUUACAAUGGAAUACAGCUACAUUUUCAGUGUUAACUGUGCAUAUUAAGAGUAAUUCUUUGGAAAAAAAAAUAUGAUUUUUCAAAAAAGUUAAAAACAUCAAAAAAAACCAAAAAACCCAAAACAUUCUCAGCUAAUUCAUUGUAAUAAGAGAUUUUUCAAUGUCUUCAAUAAUUUGGAAUUUCAUUACGCUUCGAUUUUAUGACUCUGCCUAGUAGCUGCUACUUAGUUAAAACUGGCCUGAUAUCAGAGGUGCUGGCCAUCCACAACUUGCACUGACUCUAGUAUCUCUAAGACUCAGCCCAAAAUGUUAAUCUUCCUUUCUGCAUUCUAAUAUUAGCAUUUGAGAUACAAAGCAGAUUGACCCACUUGGGAGCACAGCAGUUUUAAAGGUGCUUUUUUUUUUUUAGCAACUGCAAAAUAAUCAUGGAGCUUUUUUCUGUUACAAGCUUAUUGAAAAACAGAACAACAUUUAAUGCCCAGUGCUUACUUGCUGGGAGGGAAAAGAAUCUAACUUUAAAAACAAACCAGCAUUUCACUUAGCUGGGGUUUGUUUCUUACAACAUGUGCAGUUCUCAGACAUGGUUGCCAAAAAUGUUCGACUAGGUAAUUCAGCCAUUCCUCAGACGGCGGUUGCGUAGCAGAUAAAACCCGAGAAGUAGCUGGAACUUUAUAAAAUAACGUUACCUCCCUUCCUCUUCCAUCCACCCCAAAAG